AUAGUUUAUAUAUGAUUUUGAAUUAUUUCCAUUACUUUUGAAGGUAGUAAAUAUUUUUGUGCUAGCUACCUCUAUCCCAACUUUUCAAAAUAACACAAACAGAGUGACACCAGCCUCUGCCUUGAUAAUGGAGCACAAUGGAGGCGUGUAGAAGCAAUACCAGUGACGUCCUAUUAAAUGGUGAUGUGCUUGUGCGAGUGGUGGAGGCUGGUGUCACCAUAGCUACAGCCACUACACGCAAUUUAAAAAUGCUGGUGGAACUGAAAGUUAGGCCUUCUGCCUCCUCGAAGGAAUUUCUGGUGAGGCUUACAGAUGACCAUGAUCCAUUUGUUCUCUACACAUGUGUUGUUCAUGAGGACGACUACCAUACCCUUCGUCACACACAAGGUCUAUUGGUUGACUUUAAUUCAUUUCCUCACAAGUUUGUUGAACUCGUUAAUGCUUGCCACAAGGAAAAUGGAAAAGAAUCUCCCAGAUUUAUAUUGGUUCUGCGGUGCUCUAACGACAGUGAAGGUGGUGCUACACUGGAAGUUGUAGAAGUCAAUGUAUUCAAACACUUAUGUCAUUUGGCUUUGGCCCUUGUGCCUGCACCUACUCAACUUAAGCUGAGCUAUUUGGCAGAAUGUUGUAAGGCUCUAAAGGGUCAGGUAGCUGCUAGAGAGAGGGAAGCAGCAGAAAAUGAGCAACAGCUGCAGCAGCAACUGCGCUAUACGCAAGAAAUCCUUGCAAAGACGUCAAAGGAAGCUCAACAGUUGCGGACAGAGAUUAGCCAGCAUGUAGCUAUGUCAUCUGAGAAAGAAGCACAACUAAUUGCUCAAGAAAAGGAGAAGUUAUUAAAGGUACAGAGUGAUGCAGACAGGAAAGCUGACCGUGUACGACGGGAUUUAGAAGCUCGAAAGAAUAAUCAGAUUGAGCAGCUCCAAUCUAAAAUAGUCUCCCUCACCUCACAAAACAAUGAGCUCUUAGAAAAGAAGCAACGAGCCGAAAGCAAUGUUAAGGAGCUCAGAGGGCGGCUGAGCUGUGCUGAAGGGGAUUUAGAUCGUUGCCGGCAGGAACUUGCCCAUACCAAAAAACACAGUACCCGCCUUGAGCAAGAAAACUGUACAAAGAAUGCUGCAGUACGAGAACUAGAGGUGAAGGUCUCUCAUCUUGAAGGAGAGUUACGAAGUCGAGAAAUAAGUCUGGCACACGUGCAGCAAAUGGUGGAGACACUACAGCACCAGAAGGGAAAUUUAGAAGAGGGUCUGGAGGAGCGACGACAAAAAUUGUUGAAGCGGGAAAAUUCUAUUCAGUUGCUGUAUGCUGAAUUACAAAAGAGCCUUGAUGUUAUCAAAAAACUCCAGAAGAGAGUCAAAGAAGAACACAUGACAAGCAAAGUUCGAGGAGCAGCCCUUGUGGAGCAGGAUAAGGUUGUAGCAGAAAAGGACUCCAGUGUAUUACAGUUGAGUGAACAACUGCAGCUGAUGACAACCAAAGUCUCCCAGCUCACCAUGGACAAUGGAAAUCUCCAACAACAGCUACAAGAUGCAAGAGAAAAAUUACAGGAACAAGAAAAGACACUUCAGACAAAUGAGAAUGUCAUCUCUUGGCUCAACAAGCAACUUAAUGAAGUAGAAGUAACAGGAGCAAUAGCAAAGCGUGCACCCUUGACAGAAAUAUACCUCACUUCACAAGGGCCAUCCAGCCAUGGUACGAGGCAACCAGGUUCCCGCUUUCCAUCAGGAUCACCAGGGCUUGUGGCACAUUCCACACCUCUGUCAAAUACACUAAGAUCCCUUACCACAGUUAAUAGUGGGUGGUCUGGACAAACUCAUACUACUGUGAGUUCUGUACGUACCCUCGGCAACAUUCCACCCAUACCAGAGGAGAUCAGCCCUCGCACUACUGAUAAGUCCCCUGCUGAGAAGGAUAUAUCUCCUAUUGACAAAGAAAACUUGGAAGGAUUGGAUCCCAAAUACUUUGAAGUCACUAAUCCAGCAAGUGUUCCAGUACAAGGGCUACUACGAGCAAAUUACUGCAAUACCUCUCCCCCUGACUCACAUCCAAAAGAGCUGAGAAAAGAUAAAACGUUAGAAAAGAGAGGAGGGAUGAUUGAAGGAAGAGGAAGAGGAAACAGAGGAAGGUCAUCUGGAAGAGGAGGUAAAGGGCUAGAAAGUCAGAAAAAAACUGGAGUUUCAAAUAGCCAUGCUUCAAGCUACUUUCCAAGAAACUAGAUUCCAGUUCUUUAUUAUCUGCUAGCAUUAACACUUGGCAGAUGUCUUUCUUGGGAGAAAACACUGUAAGAAUGUCUGUAGUUUUAAUAAAAACAUAUACAAU